AUGAAUAAAGUAUCCAAUUACCCAGGCAACGAACAUAAUGACAUAAGUGCAAAUAAAUCUUCUGUCAGUUGUUUGGGUCGUUGCGACCUACCUAAACAUCGAUGUUUAAGAAAAGGAGAAAUUAAACCGGGUCCCAUUCCAAAGCAUAUGGGAUGGCUGUACACAGCGAAGGAUUCACCUGAACAUCAGGUUUCAACAUUUUUCUUUAUGUUCCAUUAUUUUGAUAGUUUGUUAUAUAAAAUAGUUUAUUUCCAGUUGCGUUGUGGUUGGCGACCAGGACACAUAGCAUGUCAAGUACUUAAGAAAAUUGAACAACAUAACUGUAUGAAAUCAAGUGAUUGUACGCCGUGCCCAUCCAGUUGUUCUAAAACGCCGUGUUCAAAGCCAUGUUGCAUGCCACCAAAAUGUUUAGCAGUUUGUCCCUCAUCUACAUCAUGUUGCAAAACUUCUGUCUCUAAUCAACCCUUAAUUAGAAUAAUUAGACGCGGUGGGCAGUACAGCAUUUGCACUAAGCCUUCGAAUAUUAGCAACGCUCCUUCUGGGCCGUAUCCACUAAAAUAUGUCUUAAAUACAGAUAACAAUGAUCAAGCAACAGAGGCAAAAUAUAGUAUCGAAGCCAAGUUCAAUGACUACCACUUUGAUUAUACUUCUUCUCAGUCUUCAUUUGUCUUAGAUUUUUCCCCUCCAGAACCAAGCUGUGUAAAAUCUUGCACAAAGAAAACCGUAACAUGUACAUCUCCCACAGAAAGUAAAAUCACAUGUAACACAAAAUAAAUAUCAAGUUAUCAAUUAUAAUUAUCGUAAAAUAAAAUAUUGUGAACGA